CUCUAAACUUCCGCAAUGUGCGACGAGGAAGAAACGGGUGCACUUGUAGUUGACAAUGGCUCUGGAAUGGUGAAAGCAGGGUUUGCUGGUGAUGACGCUCCCAGAUGUGUUUUUCCUUCGAUCGUCGGCCGCCCCCGUCACCAGGGUGUCAUGGUCGGCAUGGGUCAGAAGGACGCCUACGUCGGUGACGAGGCCCAGAGCAAGCGAGGUAUCCUUACUCUGAAGUACCCCAUCGAGCACGGUAUCAUCACCAACUGGGAUGAUAUGGACUGGCAUCAUUCCUUUUAUAAUGAGCUCAGAGUUGCUCCUGAAGAGUCUCCGGUUCUUUUGACAGAAGCUCCUCUCAAUCCAAAAGCAAACAGAGAAAAGAUGUCGCAAAUUAUGUUUGAAACUUUCUCGACUCCCGCCAUGUACGUCGCCAUCCAGGCCGUGCUCUCCCUGUACGCCUCUGGCCGUACCACCGGCAUCGUGCUUGACUCUGGUGAUGGUGUCUCCCACACCGUCCCCAUCUAUGAAGGUUAUGCUCUUCCCCACGCCAUCCUCCGUCUGGACUUGGCUGGUCGCGAUCUUACCGCAUACCUCAUGAAGAUCAUGACUGAGCGUGGCUACUCCUUCACCACCACCGCUGAGCGUGAAAUUGUCAGAGACAUAAAAGAGAAGCUUUGCUACGUCGCUCUCGAUUUCGAAGCUGAAAUGAACGUUGCAGCCGCCUCAUCGUCACUGGAGAAGUCCUACGAGCUUCCCGACGGUCAGGUCAUCACCAUCGGCAACGAGCGUUUCCGCGCUCCCGAGUCUCUCUUCCAGCCUUCCUUCUUGGGUAUGGAAUCCGUUGGCAUCCAUGAAACCGUAUACAACUCCAUCAUGAGGUGUGACAUUGAUAUACGUAAGGACCUCUUCGCCAACAACGUCCUGUCUGGUGGUACCACCAUGUACCCUGGUAUUGCUGACCGCAUGCAGAAGGAAAUCACCUGCCUUGCUCCCUCCACCAUCAAGAUCAAGAUUAUUGCUCCCCCUGAGCGCAAGUACUCCGUAUGGAUCGGUGGCUCCAUCUUGGCCUCCCUCUCUACCUUCCAGUCCAUGUGGAUCACCAAGGAAGAGUACGACGAGUCUGGCCCCGGCAUUGUCCACCGCAAGUGCUUCUAAGCAGUCACUAUCAUCUCUUGUUAAUCUUGAUAUCUUAAUCAUGGCAGUUGUUAGAUUUGAAAUAGGCGUGAAUGUAUCCGCUUCUAAGAUCUUUUUAGCGGUGCUACUAAACCUAGAAAUGGAAUGGUGAGCAGCUUACAUCAACACGUUUCAGUAUUGCAGAAAGUCUGCUCAUUAUGUUUUUCACUAUUAGUGGUGAUGCCUUAGCAAUAUUGAUAUUUUAUUAAAGUGACUUUAUCAA